GCAGGUUUUAGAGUUCCCAGGCAGACCACCCCCCCCACCCGCCCCGCUGCCCAGGAUGGACCCUGUUGUCUUGAGUUACAUGGACAGUUUAUUGCGGCAAUCAGAUUUAAGGCUGUUGGACCCGCCCAAUUGGCUCAAUGACCACAUUAUCGGGUUUGCCUUUGAGUACUUUGCCAGCGGCCAGUUCGUCGACUGUUCGGAGCAAGUCUGCUUCGUCAGCCCCGAAGUGACUCAGUUUAUCAAGUGCACCAGCUGCCCAGAGGAGGUGGCCUUAUUCCUUGAGCCCCUGAAUCUGCCCCAAAAGCAGGUAGUGUUCCUGCCUAUCAACGAUAACUCCAGCCAAGCAGCCGGGGGAACCCACUGGAGCCUGUUGGUUUAUGAGCAGGAAAAGAAUGGCUUUUCCCACUAUGACUCCCAUAGCAGAAGCAACUCUGUCCAUGCCAGGCAGGUAGCAGGGAAACUCGAGGCCUUCUUGGGCAAAAGAGGAGAUAAAACUGUCUUUGUGGAAGAGAAGACGCCUGCUCAACAGAACAGCUACGACUGUGGGAUGUAUGUGAUCUGCAACACAGAGGCCCUGUGUCAGCGAAUGUUUAGGGCCCAGCCAGAAUCGGGACUGCAGCACCUCACUCCUGCUUACAUCACCCAGAAGAGGGCUGAGUGGAAGGACCUCGUUGCCAGACUUUCGAGGAAAUGAUCUCCGUUAAGAGAAACCACUCGGGUGGUUUCCUGAAAUGCUCUCCCUUCUUGCCUCGCCUGCUUCAUUGUACGUGUCCGGUGGAUUCUGCCCGCAUCCAGUGCCUGAGGGAGAUGCCCAGUCUUGAGACUUUGUUCUCCUCACUCUUUACUGGGGGGAAAAAAAAAGCCUGUCAUGCCUCUGGGGUGGGCUACAUUUUCCAUUACCCCAGGGAAUAUCCCAUUUUUGUCCUGAUUCAGUGCAGUAGGUGCUGCUAAAGUGUCUUGGGGUGAGGGAGGAGGAUGAUGAGUUGCCCUGGAGCCCCAAAUCUGCCUUAAAUUCUUACUGCAUGAGAUCGUUGUACUGCUGAGAUCAAUUUAACUCUGCAUUUACAUCCCGAUCCACAGUUAAAAUAAUUUUGAUGUGCAUAUAAACUACAAUGAAUGAAGUAUGCCUGGGUUGCCAAAGAGAACCUUUCUUUAAGAGAGGACUGGUGACCACCUGACACAAAUUGAAAAGAGGGAAACACUCAGUUCGCUAACUUCCUGCAGUGGCCAGUGGAUUCAGAACAAUCAGACAACUCAGAUUGGAACAAAUAUCUCAGUUCAUACUUAAAUUGGCAGGGGGUGGCUCAGUCCUCACCAUGCAGAGGCCCCUCUAUCUGCUUUUCGCUUGCAAAUCUUGGAAAGGCUGAUGUGAACUCACCCUCCCAUUGAGUCUCCCAUUCUUAGAAGGUCUCACUACCACAUUGCUAGGGUUGGCCUGUCGGCGACAGCAGCAGAUUGAUUGGCUGUGCUGAUCAAACCUCAAGUGUUUUUGGGGGUUUCCGUGCUUGGUUCCGUUACUCUUUCCCUCAUCCCACCCUCACUUGGAAGCUCUGUAAUUUUAAGGAACACUGCUAAGAGUGUUCCUGCCCGAGAUAACCAUCUGAUGCAAAUAAAUACUUGGGCCUUCACAGUCAA